UGCGCAAAGAAACACACGCGUGUGCAGGGCAAUACAUUCAGCAACAGGCUAUCAAUCAUCUGCUCAGGGGUUUUCUCUUUCUUUCUUUCUUCAGCUGGACUAAAGCCUGCAGCGCAGUCGCAGCUGCACAGAGAAGCUCCUGACUCCGGGUGAAGAUGCUCUGACAGACGCAUCGGCAGCAGCUUCUUUAUUAUCACUGGGGAUGGAACGGGAGCGCACUGAUGCGUCUGCUGUCGAAGACUGAACUCAUUUAAACAGACAUCUUCUGGAAUUGAUAUUAGAGAGUGAGGGACUCCGGUUGUGCAUCGCUGCUUCGACCUUCUUUUUUUAAAAAAAAAGCAGGCACCUAUGGUGACAUUUCUCAACUUGGAUAUAUACCUCCUUUAUUCGUCAGAUGGAUUUCUACAACGGUUCUAAUUUUCCUGUCGGACACGGUAACUCGACAACAGCAGCCCAAGACGGGGCCCUUCACUGCAGCGCCAUCCUCCCUGUCAUCUUCGGCUUCAUCUGUCUUCUGGGUAUCAUGGGGAACAGCAUCGUCAUGUACACCAUCAUAAAGAAGACCAAGUGCCGCGCCAAGCUGACCGUUCCGGACAUCUUUAUCUUCAAUGUGUCCAUCGUCGAUCUCCUGUUUCUCCUCGGGAUGCCAUUCCUCAUCCACCAGUUACUGGGCAAUGGUAGUUGGCACUUUGGAGCCAGGAUGUGCACGGUAAUCACUGCCCUCGACUCCAAUAGCCAGAUCGUCAGUACAUACAUCCUCACUGCAAUGACACUUGACCGUUACUUGGCUACGGUGCAUCCCAUCCGUUUCAACUACGUCCGCACACCCUGCGUGGCCGCGCUGGUCAUUGGAAUGGUGUGGGCUCUGUCUGUCCUCACCAUCAUCCCUGUGUGGAUGUACGCAGGCCUGAUGCCUCUUCCAGAUGGUCUGGUGGCCUGUGCGCUCCUCCUGCCUGACCCGGUCACUGACACAUACUGGUUUACCCUAUACCAGUUCUUUUUGGCCUUUGCCAUGCCCUUAGUCAUAAUCUGCCUGGUGUUCUUCAAGAUGCUCCAGCACAUGUCCAGCAGCGUGGCACCACUGCCUCCUCGGAGUUUGAGGGUGCGCACCCGGAAGGUGACCCGGAUGGCAGUGGCCAUCUGUCUGGCUUUCUUCAUUUGCUGGGCUCCUUACUACAUCCUCCAGCUGGUCCACCUCGGCGUGCAGAAGCCAACGCUUGCGUUCUUCUAUGCGUACAACAUAGCCAUUAGCAUGGGCUACGCCAACAGUUGCAUCAACCCGUUCCUCUACAUCAUCCUCAGUGAGACCUUCAAGAUGCAGUUCCUUCGAGCCGUAUGUCCCGUUAAACGAAAGUUUCGCGUGAACCCGAGCACCACCGACGGCGGCAGCGUGAGCAUGCGGCUGCUACCCGAGGGGGCUCAGCAGGAGCCAGCCCCUCAGGAGAUGAGGGCCCCACAAUGAAUAAGAUCGGUGGCAGACAAUGGAAAUGACCUCAUCAUCAUGCAUCACCUCUGAAGAACAUAAAGGCAUGGUGUAUGCAUAAUGUCUUGGAUCCUUUUUAAGAUUCAGAAGCAACACAGUGUUAAGGAAUUGUGUUACAACAUUCAACUGACCCGCCACGACAAACAGAUGUGUGGGAAAGAUGGAAAAAGUCUGGCUUUUGUGACCGUCGUGCUUUUGUAUAAUUCUGCAUGUAGAUAUUUGAGUGUAUUUGAGUUUUUACGUUGUCAGAGAAAUUGCCUUACCCACAUGCUGUCGGGUCCCGACAUCAAGGAUGAGAAACUCUGGUGUAACUGUUGCUCUUGUUUGUUAUCCAGCAAAAGAAAAAAUAACUGUGAAAAAAAUGUUGCUUCACUGUUGAUGAAACAGCAUGUG